ACAGCAGCAGCAGCAGCAACAAACAGAAACACACAUCCCAACCAUAUAUACAGUCUAUGAUCCCAAUAUCGGUGUGUUGUUGUGUGUUCGAUUCCCCGGAGCUCGACUCGUCAAACAGGUCCUGAGAAGCAGCCUGGGGCAACAGGGGCGAUGCAGAUGGAGGUCGACGAGAGGGAAGAGGAAGGACCAUCGUCCAGCAGUGAAGAGCUCCAGUUGGCCCAGCAGGAACCCUUCCAGCUGGAGGGCUCCCUCCCAGUAGAGGAGGUGUAUGUGGAUAAGAAAGCAGUGGACAAACUCACUGAGGGGUUUCUCUCCCACUACCUCCCUGACCUGCAGAACUCUAAAGGAGCCCUUCAAGAGCUCACACAAAACCAGGUGGUGUUGUUAGACACGAUGGACCAAGAAGUCACAAAGUUCAGAGAAUGUAAUGCCUUAAUCGACCUCAAUUCACUGUUUACAGAGGCAAAGGUUUACCACAAUAAACUGGUGAACGUAAGGAAAGAGAUGAUCCUGCUCCACGAAAAGACAACAAAACUAAAGAGACGAGCCUUGAAGCUGCAGCAGCAGAAGCAGAGGGAGGCGCUGGAGAAGGAGCAGCAGCGGGAGAAGGAGCUGGAGAGAGAACGGCAGCUUGUUGCCAAACCUGCCAGAAGAACAUAGGACCCCCCCCCCAAAAAAAAACCCCCACUGUUUGUCUGCUAUUGCAGGAAGAUGCAGGUGGUUUUGCAUGUUUUGGCCUUUUUAUUACAUAUCGGCCGUACAUCCCAUUAGUGCUGAACAUUUUCCAAAGCAUUGAUGUUGAGACUCUCGUUUCAAAACACAUUCAAACUUUGUAUUUUAUCGUCACAACACCUGCACCACAGUUUUUGUAUUUUCCUUUAUUUAAGUAUUUUCUUGGGGACUCUGCCUGUAUUUAGAAGGGGAGAGAAGGGUAGAGAGAGAAUGAGAGGUAGACACGGUGCAAAGUGCAGGGUGGGAAUCAAACCCACGGGUGCUGCAGAAGAACCAAAGCCUUUGUAUAUAGACCACCCGCUAGCUCCCCUGGUAGUGCAGUUGCCCAGCAUUUUUUUGAUUUAUUUUUAUGUAUUUCAAUGCAUCAAACUCCAUCUGGAAUGUGCUUGUUACCCGUUUAACAUUUAACCCCUCACACUGGAUAUUAUCUCUUCUCUUUUUACCGUCCGACUUUAAUCCUAGAUGCAUUGUCAUGCAGUUUUCAGUAUUUGCUGAAGUUACUGUGUAAUGAUCUAAGUUAUUGCACACGAUCACAGUUCAGAGAAUAGAACAAUGCAUGAUUUUAUUGCUUUAUAUCUCGAGCAGGUUUCGUGUCUAAAGUGCAGGUCGGUCACGGUUGCGAUGUGACCUUCAGAAAGCUUAUAGAUAAAGAUAUGAAGCUGUUAAAAUAGGACUGAGAUCAGUUUGAAGUUUCUGAGUUUCCCGCAGUAUUACACAAAAGGUCAUGUCAGUAUCUGCUGUAUGAUGUCAUUGAGGAUAUGAGUCGUUAACUGGCGGCUUGACUCCUGUCGUUUAUUCACUUUUAUGACGACACUCAUUCUUUGUUACACCUGCACUGCAGUCAGAGCCAAAAGUCAGAGCAACAAUCUUUUACUUGAAGGUGAAGAACUGUCUAUACUGAAAGAAAUGGAAACAGCAGAAUGCUUUUGGAAAAUGCUUCACUCAACCAACGGUGUAUGUGAUUGUUAGUAAAGAGGCUAAAACGUGCAAAAAAACGAUCCUUUAUUUCCGAGAUUACAAAGAUCACCACAAACCAAAGACAUGGACUGAAUCCUCGAAUGCUGGCUCUUCCCACCGUCGACUUCUGACGACUUGAUCUCAAACACUUGGCUGAGCGUAGAACAAAUUGAUCAAAGACACUUUUGCAGAUAUCACACAACCAGUCUGUGCGUUUGCUAUCGUUUUUUUUGAUUUUCUAUGUGUUACUACAUGUUGUUUCUGGGCUUCUUCGUGCGCAGUUGAUGUUGAAUGUUGUUUAAGAUCAAAUAGAUCUGCACAAAAUUUGACUGACUGUAUUCCUGGGGUCUGGAUAAUAAUAUUAAUAAUGGUAUUCGAUGAUGUUAUGCGCCAAACUUUGCCCCUAACGUACACAGCAUCUGUAAAUUUGUGAAACAGACAUUUCAAGACGAGUCUUUGCACUACUUCUGCCCGGAACUGUUUGUACCAUUAAUAAUAAAAGCAAUACAAACAGG